AAAUUCACUUUCACCUAAUCAAAAGAAUCGAAUCAUCAAGUGGUUUACAAGCGAAUUGGGUGUUUCGUCUCUCUCACUUUCCUUUCUUUUUCUCUCACUUCAAUCGCUUUCUCUCAAAAACCCAUUCUUUUUUCAACUUUUUCUCAUUCCUCUGUUUUAUAUAUAUACACAGCAACAAGUAUUUUUGUAUAAUUUCAGCCUUCCUACAAAGAAAAAAAGGGUCUUCCUUUUUUCUCCUUUAAAACUUAUGAAUUCAACUAUCUGAUCAAAAUUUCUAUUCGGUUUGCUAGUGCUUCUUUCGAGGAUUCUCGCCGUCUUUCAAUUCGGCGGUGGCUCUGUUUUUCCUUUCUUUUCAUUGCCAUUUCUGAGGAAUUUGGUGGGACGCAUUAAAGUUGGGGCUUUCAUUGAGUCCAGCUAUUUAAAAUUUCCCUUUUUCUCUCUCAGUGCAUUUAAGACACUUUUGAAGAAGAAGCAGCACGUCCUCUGUUCUGCCAUUUAAAUUCUCUUCCUUUCUUGGUUUUGGUUUUGUUUUUAUUCAGUCGGAGAAAACAGACACCCAAACAAAACCAUUGAAUUUUAAAACUACACUGUUUUAUUUCUUAAAAACUUUUGUUUGUGAAGUCGAUCUGGGUUUUCUUCAAUCUUUCAAACGAAAGAGACAUUUCGAACAAAGGAAUUUUUGUUACGUUUGUCAAAGAAACCAAAGACAAUGUUGCCUCAGAAACAAGCAGAGGAAGCCAUAGUUCCCAACGUGAACGAAACAGAGCAUGAAGGCAAAGAAGAAGAUAAAGAAUCUCAGUCCAUUUUCAGUGUCAAAAACAUCCUCUGGCAUGGUGGUUCUGCUUGGGAUGCCUGGUUCAGUUGUGCUUCAAAUCAAGUGGCCCAGGUUCUGUUAACACUGCCAUAUUCAUUUUCUCAGCUGGGAAUGCUUUCUGGGAUUUUGUUUCAAAUUUUCUACGGAGUAAUGGGUAGUUGGACUGCUUAUAUAAUCAGUGUACUGUACAUUGAAUACAGAAGUAGGAAGGAGAAAGAGAAUGCGAGCUUCAAAAACCAUGUGAUUCAGUGGUUUGAAGUUCUUGAUGGCUUAUUGGGUCCUUAUUGGAAAGCCAUUGGACUUGCAUUUAACUGUACCUUCCUCUUGUUUGGAUCAGUCAUUCAACUCAUUGCUUGUGCAAGCAAUAUUUAUUACAUCAAUGACCAUUUGGACAAGAGAACUUGGACUUAUAUUUUUGGAGCUUGUUGUGCUACAACUGUUUUCAUCCCUUCUUUCCAUAACUACCGGAUUUGGUCCUUUUUGGGUCUUGGAAUGACCACUUACACUGCCUGGUAUAUGGCCAUCGCCGCCCUUGUCCACGGCCAGGUUGAGGGUGUACAGCACUCUGGCCCUAAGAAACUGGUUCUGUACUUCACCGGCGCCACUAACAUUCUUUACACAUUCGGAGGCCAUGCCGUGACAGUUGAAAUUAUGCACGCUAUGUGGAAGCCACAGAAAUUCAAGUACAUCUAUUUAAUGGCUACCUUAUACGUUUUCACCUUAACGAUUCCGUCAGCCACCGCCGUGUAUUGGGCUUUCGGUGAUGAACUACUCAACCACUCCAACGCCUUCUCCCUCCUCCCAAAAUCCGGCUUCCGUGACGCCGCCGUCAUCCUCAUGCUUAUCCACCAGUUUAUUACGUUUGGUUUUGCUUGUACGCCGUUGUACUUUGUGUGGGAGAAAGUGAUUGGAAUGCAUGAUACGAAGAGCAUUUGUUUAAGGGCUGUUGCGAGGUUACCAGUGGUGAUACCGAUUUGGUUUUUGGCAAUAAUUUUCCCAUUCUUUGGGCCUAUAAAUUCGGCGGUGGGAGCUUUGUUGGUGAGUUUCACAGUGUAUAUUAUACCUGCUUUGGCUCAUAUGCUCACUUACAGAAAGGCCUCUGCUCGUCAGAAUGCGGCGGAGAAGCCUCCAUUCUUCCUCCCGAGCUGGGUCGGUAUGUACGCAUUGAACACAUUCGUGGUGGCGUGGGUUCUCGUGGUUGGGUUUGGGUUUGGAGGAUGGGCUAGCAUGACGAACUUCGUUAGGCAAGUCGACACCUUCGGACUUUUUGCGAAGUGCUAUCAAUGCAAGGGUCCCCCUGCAGUGGCUCCGACCCCGCAUCACUAAACUCCAGCCACAAGCCACCGGGUUUGGUCUUGGUCAUCGUCUUCAUCAUCUCCUUCCACAUUUUGUAUCAUACCAAUGGGGGGAAAUCACUAGCCUUUUGCUCAUGCCCCCUCUUUUCUCGAGUGUGUUAGAUUUUUCUGUUCUCUUUUUUCCCCUAGUGUGCCGAAUCGGUAAUGAUUCUCAUCCACUCAAAAUCAUUGGCUCAAUUUAGCUAAUUAGUAUAUUAUAUUAUAUGUUAUACCCGUAGCUUACUUAAUAUUUUCUUUAAACAAUCUUUCUUAUUAUUACCAUAAUUGCCAUAAAUUUAAGAUGUAGUUUUUGUUAAUUCUCAUGGUUUCCCCAACUUAUAUAAGUAUAUAUAUGCCUUCCAAUCGUAA